AUGGAAUUGUGGCGCGAAUUGGGGCCUGUGGAAACAGAGCCCUGGAACAAGACCUGGAUGAUGAUGUUCGCGAAGAGGCUGGAUAAAGGCAUGCAGGACAAGCUCAUUGAGCAAGGCUCUAAGCCCUUAGCCCUGAAGAAACUGAUGACUCUCAUUCAUCACUUGCAGAUCACUGUGAGAGCCACAGACCUGCAGAGAGCAGACCAUUGA